ACUAACCAGCGGAGGGAGCGGGUCUGGGGGCGGGAGGCAGGAGCAGCUGUCAGGCUGAAGUCCCGCGAGCAACGAGCGGCGACGGGGUGGCUGUAGGAAGCGCAGCGCCCGACCGGGCCCCGGAGAUGGUCCUCGGCGCUGUGGGCUGGUGUUGUCUCGUGCUCUGGCUCCCCGCGUGCGUCGCGGCCCACGGCUUACGAAUCCAUGAUUAUUUGUACUUCCAAGUGCUGAGUCCUGGAGACAUUCGAUACAUUUUCACAGCUACACCUGCCAAGGACUUUGGUGGUAUCUUUCACACAAGGUAUGAGCAGAUCCACCUUGUCCCCGCAGAACCUGCAGAGGCCUGUGGAGAACUCAGCAACGGUUUCUUCAUCCAGGACCAGAUUGCUCUGGUGGAAAGGGGGGGCUGCUCCUUCCUCUCCAAGACCCGGGUGGUGCAGGAGCACGGUGGGCGGGCGGUGAUCAUCUCUGACAACGCAGUUGACAAUGACAGCUUCUACGUGGAGAUGAUCCAGGACAGUACCCAGCGCACGGCUGACAUACCCGCCCUCUUCCUGCUCGGCCGAGAUGGCUACAUGAUCCGCCGCUCCCUGGAACAGCACGGGCUGCCGUGGGCAAUCAUUUCCAUCCCAGUUAAUGUCACCAGCAUCCCCACCUUUGAGCUGCUGCAACCGCCCUGGACCUUCUGGUAGAAGAGUCGGUCCCACCUUCCCCCCAUAAAGCAACUCUAGGCUGGGAAGGGGAAACCCAGGAAUUCUGCUGUGUGGGACUUGGAGACAGCAUUUGAGGACAGGUGGAGCCAGGCAGAGGAAGAAGUGGGCCUGGUCUAGGCUAAGGGAAGCCACACCACUGUUUCCCUUCCCCGGGGCCCCCAAGGUUGUCUCAGGCUAUGGGAAGAUGCAAGACCCAUGUCCCAGGGCUUCUUGGCUAGAAUCUGGAACAGGGGCAAAAGGCAGGUGGCCCGAGAGCUCCACGACCUGUCACAUCCCACCUGACUCCAGCCUACCCACCCAGCAUCUCCUCAGUCUCCUUCACUGCAGUUGCUGGAGUGGUUUAAGAGCUGGUUUUCGACGACUCAAUAAACCCUCACUGACUUUUUAGCAAUAAAGCCUCUCAUCAGGGUUG